AUGAAGUUCCUUUGCCUUCAUGGUGCCAUUGGCAACGUUGACAACAUUGCUAUCCAGCUAGCUCCGCUGCAGAAGAAUUUGGAAGCAGACGAUUCGGCCACAUUCCAUUAUAUCAAUGCCCCCGUGAAAAUCACUCCUCCGGAAGGCUUUGAAAAAUACUUCGGCGUAGGUCCUCAUUUCCGCUGGGCCGACGAUGGAGGUGCGGCCGAGGACUCAAUGAUCAGUCGUGUACGCAAGAUCCCUGACGGUCAAAACCCUGAAGAUGUGAUGCGUGAUCUAAUCGGAGAGCGCAAUGUGAUCUGGCUCAACUACAAGGAGGUGAUGGCUUAUCUCUAUGAUACAAUGGAGAAGGACCCUGAGAUUCAAGGCAUCAUUGGAUAUAGUGAAGGGUCCUCGAUCGCAGCCACUUUGAUUCUCGAUGAAGAGAAACGUGCGAGGACAAAUGGUCGUCAGCGGCAAAUCAAAUGUGUCAUGUUCUUCACUGGUUGGCCCCCAAUGCAUCCGGUACAUGGAGUUCUUCUCGCAGGUGAGAGUGAUGUAAUGAUUGAUAUUCCGAGUCUCCAUGUUAUUGGUGCCAACGAUCCCUUCCGACACGGCGCUUACGCGCUAUACAAUGUUUGUGAUCCUGAUACUGCGCAAUUCUUCGACACGGGCAAAGGGCAUACAAUUCCUCGAUCCGGCCUCGUCAUUCAUGAGCUCGGAGAUGCUGUUCGGGGUCUUAUCAAGAAGGCAUCUAGUACAGAGAAAUAUUAG